UGAAGAAAAAUGAGCUCCACAGAAGACCUCGAAUAUCCUGGUAUCCUAAUUCAGUAUCAGAAUGGAUUUUUAAUUUCAAAGGUUAUGUUUGCUGCCUGUGAGUUGGGAGUAUUUGAUCUGUUGAGAGAGUCAGAAGAGCUCUUGUCCUCAAAGACCAUUGCGGAACGCCUGGGCAGCAGUCUCCAUGGAAUGGAGAGGCUGCUGGAUGCCUGUGUGGGUUUAAAGCUCCUGAGAGCAGAGGUGAAAAAGGAAGGAGCAUUCUAUGGAAACACAGACAUUUCCAAUCUCUACCUCACAAAAUCAAGUCCAAAGUCUCAGUAUCAUAAUUUGAUGUACUAUUCCAAAACUAUCUAUCUGUGCUGGCACUACUUGACAGAUGCUGUGAGGGAGGGGAAAAACCAACACGAGAGAGCAUUUGGCUUUUCAUCAAAAGACGUCUUUGAAGGUCUUUACAGAUCAGAAGAAGAAAUGAUAAAAUUUAUGUAUGGAUUGAAUGCAGUUUGGAGCAUAUGUGGCAGAGACGUGAUUACUGCAUUUGAUCUUUCUCCAUUCCCUGUGAUCUAUGAUCUUGGAGGAGGUGCUGGAGCCUUGGCCCAGGAAUGUGUUUCACUCUAUCCAAAUUGUACAGUCACCAUUUUUGACCUACCUAAAGUCUUACAAACAGCAAAGAAGCAUUUUGUGUCUUCAGAGGAUCAGCGGAUCACUUUUUAUGAAGGGGACUUUUUUACAGACCCAGUUCCAGAAGCUGACCUGUAUAUUUUAGCAAGGAUCCUCCAUGACUGGGCAGAUGAGAAAUGUGUGCAGCUCCUCACAAAAGUGCAGAAGGCUUGCAAGACUGGUGGUGGAGUUUUACUGGUUGAAACACUUCUGAAUGAAGACAAAAGUGGGCCUUUGGAAAGUCAACUCUAUUCCAUUAAUAUGCUCGUUCAGACUGAAGGAAAAGAGCGGACCCCAACAGAGUACAGCAAACUCUUCACAGCAGCUGGCUUCAAGGAGAUUCAAAUCAAGAAAACUGGAAAGCUGUAUGAUGCCAUUUUAGGGCGAAAAUGAUAUAGUCUCUAAACAUUUAUUAUCAGAUGUGCAAAAUAGUAACAAUAAUAAUGACAGAGUUUGGUGGAAGUUAAAAAUAUCUAUCCAACUCACAACAUCAAUUAUAAUAUCAAUAGCAGUCUAAUAAAUAUAAAACAUUACAGUACUAAUGUAUUUAAUUGCAGUCUAGAGUAAAACAGUGCCUACUUGGCCUUUUCUGUCUAGAAUUCUUCCACUAAGCAUGCCCUGUAAUCCACAUAGUGCAUAUUUGUAGGUAAUUACCGUAGCCAUUGCUUUGAACCUCUGUAAUGUCUUGUGAAGUGUGAAAGAUCAGAUAUGGAAUGCUGAUAAAACAGUUCAGUUAGAGUGAGGGAAAAGAAAGUGUCACACAAGCCUUAAAUGGUAGAAGAGUUCUUAAGAGAGAAGUACUGAGGGAAGAUGGGGCCUGUGAGGUGAUGUGUCAAGAGAGGGCUAGAACAGAAUUCAUGGCCAGGGACACCACACCCAUAUGUUGUAAGGCAAAUUACAAGUCUGCUGUGGUGUCUGGGAAUGGUGAUAUGCAUUUUGCCCAGUUCAGUUAAGUAGUCAUUUGUACUGUUGGUUUAGUGAAAGAAGCCAAAUCACCAUGUCUUCUCCAUUUUGGCUCUAAAGCCUCUUCCUGCCAAGGAUGAGACUGAAUUCCGCUCUGGAGUAGAAUGAUUCACACCUUAAACAGCAUUACAGAUAUUGGAGGUAGUAUGCUUCAAAAAGAAAUGGAACAAAAGAAAUACACUUGAUAGAUAGCAAUAUCUUCUAUUUUUGUUCAGACUAAC